AUGGCGGACCUAACCUACACAUCCGAGGUUCAACAGCUUCUGGACUUCGACAAGAAUCAUUUAUGGCAUCCUUACACUUCGAUGGGCAGGCCGUUGCCGGUUUAUCCUGUAAAGUCUGCGGCUGGUGCCACGAUUACACUGGAUGCAAAGACUAAGGAUUCUAAGGACGUUAUUUUGCUCGAGGCAAUGUCGUCUUGGUGGUGCAUGAUUCACGGCUACAACAAUGCUGAGAUAAACGAGGCCAUAAUCUCCCAGAUCAACAAAGUUUCGCAUGUUAUGUUCGGUGGUCUUUCACACGCUCCCGCAAUUCAAUUGGCUCAGAAGCUUUUGAAACUUAUCGACCACGAAAAGCUUCAGUGCUGUUUUUUGGCAGACUCCGGUUCGGUAGCUGUAGAAGUGGCCAUGAAAAUGGCAAUGCAGUACGAAUUUACCAAGAGUGGCGACCAAACGCUGAAAAACAAGUUCUUGACCAUUCGCAACGGAUAUCACGGCGACACCUUUGGUGCUAUGAGCGUGUGUGAUCCUGUGAGUUCCAUGCACUCGAUCUAUAGUGGAUACUUGCCUCAAAAUAUUUUUGUGUCUGCGCCCUCUGUGCUGGAUACUCUGCCUAUUUCCCAAGCUUUUCAGCAGAGACCAGAGAUCUUUGGCGAAAGCGUGAGAUGGAACGAGCAUGAUAUUGAUGACUUUAAAAAUACUAUCGAGGUCCGCCAUAGCGAGGUAUGCGGUGUGAUAUUAGAGCCAAUUUUGCAGGGUGCAGGUGGUAUGAGGCUUUAUCAUCCUGAGUAUUUGAUCCAGGUGCGCAAGCUAUGUACAAAGUUUGGAAUCCCGCUGAUAUUGGACGAGAUAGCAACGGGCUUUGGAAGAACAGGUGCAAUGUUCGCUUUCCAUCACUGUAGCAUUUAUCAGGAUCAGCUUUGUAUCCCAAAAGAGCAUCAAGUGGACGUAUUCCCUGAUAUUUUGUGCGUUGGGAAAGCUUUGACCGGCGGAUACAUGACUCUAAGUGCCGUCGUAGCCACAGAGCAAAUCAAAGAUGUAGUGUCCAAAUCUGACAGUGCGACCGGUGGGUGCUUCAUGCAUGGUCCAACGUUUAUGGCCAAUCCCUUGGCAUGUAGCGCAGCGAACAAGUCGCUCGAGAUCUUGCUGAGAGGCCAUUGGCGCGAACAGGUCACAAAUAUUGAGUCUCAGCUCGUGGAGGAGCUCUACGUUGCACUAAACGAUGACACAGAACUCAUGACUUCUAUAAUUCACAACGUCCGCGUGAUAGGUGCUGUAGGAGUUGUGGAGUUGAAACAGCCCGUGGACUCUGCUUGGUUCCACGAGAAAUUUGUUUCCAGAGGUGUUUACGUGAGACCCUUCAAUAGACUGGUCUACAUCAUGCCUCCGUACAUCAUAAGCAAGGAUGAGUUGACUAAAGUUACGCAAACGAUCAUUGAGGUUCUAAGAUUAUGGCAAGAGGAGCUUCGAGGCCGAAACGAGAACUAA